AUGGUUUCCCUUGAGGAUGCAACCGACAGGCAGUCGGGCAAUCAGAGCAUGGAUGCCUUGCUCGAAAAAUCAGGCAUACCUGAAGUCAUUUGGUCGGAAAUCCAGAUUUUCAAGCCGGAGGAGUUCGGAGCUUUGUCGCAGGCUGAUCUUCAGUCCUUCAUUGAUGGGCUGGUUUUCCCAUCGGAGCCAUCUGAUAUCCUGAUUAAGGCAAGGUUGCGCUUAUUGUGGAAGCGCUGCAACUCUAAUGAGUCGGAGCAUGGGGCUGCAGUAUUGCAUUCGUCCGCAAUGGAGCCGCUUAAGCCACUUUCUUUGAGCGAGCCGUCCACUUGGACAGAUGCGUUCCCUAAAAAGCUCAGUUCGGCUGCUGUCAGGACCAUGAUGAAACGCUUUAGUGAGAAGUACCCUUCGGAACCAUUGGGCAGUGACGUCACGCCGAGUCCAAGGUUGCUGUCCUUGGUUCAUGCCCAAAUCCAGGAGCAUCGCUGGCGCUGGAUCCCGUGGAAGCUCAGGCUAUCCGAGGACCAGCAUGAGUCCAAGUCCAUGGAACGAUCUCUCAAGGCGCCUAGGCUGGAGAGCGUUCUUUGGGAGGAAAUACCCAGUCGCGAUUUGCCAGCCCAGAACAUGGGCAAAGCACAGAUGAUGGAGAGUCUCCAUUUGCAGGCGGUUGCAAAUGCCCUGGCAGAAGGGGCGCACUUGUAUACGCUUCGGGAGCUCAAUCGGCGUUUCAUCACUAAGUGCUUUGAGCAGUAUCCUAAGGAGACGAACUUGCGUCCGCCCAAUAGAAUUGAGGCUGAGCUAGCAGAGCAAAAGCUGUGGCAGCAGAUUGCAUCUCUGUACAACGACGAGGAGUGGUCUCUGGAUGAAUCCAUCAGGGAGAUUGCCAUUGCUCGCAAUGAGGUUCAAGUGCUCCUUAUGCCGCGUGCUGUGCCAGCCAAGUCACAGUUCCAGGAUCGUCAGCGCAAGGGCAACGGCAAAGGCAAGUUGGGCAAUGCUGGCAAAGGUGAUAAAGGCUCUCUGAAAGGUUCUGAGGGCAAGGGUGCUCACGGACAGACAUUUCAAGUGCAGGGCCAUCGUGUCGGAACUUCUUGGCAGUCAGGCAAGACCCGUCGUCUGCUGUGUCAGGACUUCCAACUGGGCAAGUGUACGCGAAGCAACUGUCGCUUUGAGCAUGUGUGUGGUGUGAUCAUGCCAGGUGGCCGCAUGUGUCUCGGUGAUCAUGCACCGGCCGAUCACAAGCGCACCCCGCAUUGA